GCAGCUCUUCAUCACACUUUGAGACUUAAAGCUCCAACAUGAUCUUGCUCCUCUUCUUGUUCAGUCUGGCUCUGGGUGCUCCUUCUGAGUCUCCUUCUGAUGGCAAUGAAGUGACGCUACAAUGUGAUGACCACAGAGUUAAACUACUGCGUGGAAGCUGUCCCCCGUUCUGGUACAGUUUCAAUGGCCGCUGCUACAAAUAUGUGGCCACACACAUGAGCUGGGCUGAUGCAGAGCUCUACUGUGUGUCACAGCGAGCCAACCUGGUGUCUAUCUACAGCCAGGAGGAAGAGGAGUUUGUUAAAUCAUUAAUUAAGAACUUUGACCAUGCUCAGCGAUACACCUGGAUUGGACUGAGUGACCUCCAUAAAGAAGGCAGAUGGAUGUGGUCUGAUGGUUGUGCAGUGAGUUUCACCCACUGGAAUGCUGGUGAGCCAAACAACGGACUUGGAGGAAAAACUGAACACUGUGUUCACAGUAUCGGUGACUUAAAUAAGUGGAAUGAUCAGCAGUGUUCUCUCAAUUUACCUUCUGUUUGUGCAACACGGAUAAACUGCCCUUAGAAACUGAACUGUACAUGUAAACCUUCACUGUUUAUGCUAUCUGUCUUUAUGCGUUUUUGCAAAAGUCACAAAAUUUCUAGAAACUUGAUUUUCAUGAAUCUGGAAUCAACAAUUGGCAUCUGGCAAGGGGAUAUUUACUCAUCGCAAAGACUUUUGUUGGUACAUAAGUUAUUAACACUGCUCUAAAUUAAAAGGAAUGAAAAGUUAUAAUGAAAAUUCAUAAUCAGUAAAUCCACUGUGUGUCUCUGGGGUUGCGAGGCAUGUGACAAAACAUGUAAGCACAUGCCCUGCGACAGCAGUUACCAGGG